GGACUUCCUCAGUCGUUUGGAAAUCUCACGGAAUAUCCCGAGCAAUUCCGAAAUGCCUACACUGGGGUCCCUGUGAGCUUUAGAUAAGCAUACCACAGCCCGAGACAUGAGAGUGUUCCGUUCGGCUAUCAGUUGAGUCCGGAAAUAACGGUCGCGUUCAAGAGGUCGACGGGUCCUCCUUUCCCGCUUUUCAAUAGGCUUUUCCCGGAUAUAAAAUCUAACAGGCGAACCCACGGCUCAUUCGACUGAAGGCAGCUGACGAAACAGUGACGCUUCCAUUAUGUAGCUACAAGAGUUACCCCCCUUACCUCAGUGCCUUGACGAUGUCUGCCCAAGAGAGGGAGCUCCUGAUGAGGCUCUUGAAACAGUCAGUGCUCACUCUGUGCCGCGAGACAAUCUCCUUCCAGGCCAAGUUAGAAAUAGACGGAUUAAUAUGCAUCACGGUGGAGGAUAAUGCACAGCCAAUGGUAGUCAAAAUACACGAAUAUGUACAGAAAAACCUACGUUCCUUUUCUUAUGGAGAUUCAACUCUGGGAAUGGAAAUCCCGCCAUCAAAGAAGAGCAGACGAGAUUUGUUUCACGAUGGCCUUGUCGUGAAUAGUCCUGCUGACUCUUCUGAGGGUCUGAAUAUGUCGGACGUGUCUGUGGACGAGUCGGGGGAGACGUCAGCAACCCCAGACGCUGCUGCAGGUCUUCAGCCUGUAUCACGACCCUCGUCAGCCCCUUCCCCCGAGGAGAGCCACAAAUUAAGUGAAGUAACUAGUCGCCUAUCAAACAGCCUCGGUGGAGGGAAAGGAGAUGGAACAGAGGACAACGAAAAGCGUGAUGACGAAGAAAGAAGUGAUAGCGCAGAACGAGACUCCAAGCUGAGUUUAUCCUCUGCUCCUAACACCAGUCUCAUCCCAGCAAAUAUCCAUGCUCACAGUUCGGCUAUGACGCACCCUCAAGGACUUUUGUGUAAGCGCUGUUUCACCAUAGUCCCUGAUGCAACAUCAUUCGACAGCCACAACCUGAGAGAACACUCUCUCUUCACCUGUAAGAUCUGCUUCAAAGGAUUCACAGCAAGGAAUAACCUGAAACGUCACUUCCGGCUCCACACUGGUGUACGGCCGUACAAGUGUACGAUGUGUGCGCAGGGAUUUACUAGAAAGGACGAUCUGAAGGCCCAUGUACUCCGACAUUCCUACAACAAACCAUUCCGGUGUGGACUCUGCGGGAAGGGCUACACAGACAGGUCGUGUGUGAGGAAUCACAUGGCCAAGGAACACCACACCAAGCUGCUCCAUGUUUGCCCACAGUGUGGGGAAGGUUUUAAUGAUACAGUGUUGUUCUCCAGACAUAAAAAAGCUCAUCCCGAAUUUCAGAACUUUCAGUGCGACGGUUGCUCUUUCAUUGGUAUCAACUCGUUGGACCUUAUGAAGCACACCCUCACCCAUUCUACAAAGUCGUACACAUGCAAGCCUUGCAACCAACAGUUCACGGAUCCUUUUGACUACAGCUCACAUUUGAAAAAACACAAAACGGAUGAGUCCUUCACGAGUUAUUGCUGCUGCUUCUGCAAUACUGAGCUCAAUACCUACGAACACUUUGUGAGACAUGAGUACUCCCAUGCUCAAAGUAGACCCCACUCAUGUCAUUUCUGUUCCAAACAGUUCCGUUAUCCCUCGGACUUGAAGGCCCACGUCGCUACUCACACGGAACCCGUGAACCUUGCCACAGUACCUCGAGAUAAAAGCCCUGAUCCGGAGCCUGAAGGUAACAGCACAUCCUCCAGUCAGUAUUGGUGUACGGAGUGUCAAAUAGGCUUCGCUUCGGAGGAUAGCCUCCAUGGACACAUCUACGAGGCUCAUGAGUCCCAGAGACUCAGUAGGGACACGGACCGUCAGCCGGACUCAGAUGGACCAGCAAUGAUUGAACUUCGCAAAGAAGACAUUGAUUUUCCCAAUGAUAUUGCUGCUAUGAAAAUGACUCCUGAUUCGGUGGAAUCUAGACCUGAGACGAGUGGUUCAGACAAACAUGCUCCCUCUGUCACGGACAACAUCCCCAUGGUCGAUCUGUCGAAAACCAAACUGCCUCAUUUGUCGGCCUUUGAAAGGAAGUCAUCUUCAGAAGCCAGGCCUGGUUUGUUCAUAGGUCCAAGAGACAUGUCUCAUCCAGCUGAAUCUGUGGUAUUAAAUGGGGAACCCGUAUCUAUAAAAAGAGAGAUCCCAGACCAUGACGAGGAAUUAAGAGCUCUCCAAGACGACUUUAUGCCCUCGAGUAGUGACUACCCAGGAUCUCCUGGAAAUGACUCUGUCGCAAAUUCAUCGUUCGACGGUGAACAGCCUCCUGGUUCAGGAGUAAAGGAAAUUGUUUUGGAACGAAUCCACAUCCGGUCGCCUGGGUUUGAAAGAGUUGUCACCCCUGAAGUGCUCUUCCGUUCCCAGUCGGCUUUCCAAUGUCAAGUCUGCAAGGAGAACUUUGUCGACUUCACCAACUUUGAGUUUCACAGUAGCAACCUACACAGACGUUUUGUAUGUGAAUAUUGCGGGAAAGUGUUCACGGCAAAACCUAACAGAGAACGUCACGUCCGCUACCACACUGGAGAAAGGCCGUACAAGUGCGACCUUUGCGAUCAGACAUUUUUCAGGGGAGACGACUUGAAGUAUCAUCGCACAACUCGGCAUUCUGGCGUCAAGCCUUUUCGCUGCAACGCUUGUGGGAUGACAUUUGCUUGGGCUAAGGACCUUGAGAGACACAUGAAGCACUACUGUCAUUGACGCGAAGAGAAACUAUGUUCACGGGUGUCCGUUAUAAGCUACGGUUGAGUUCAGGGUAUGGUUAUUUAAUUAUGGUUCAGGGGUUGAAACUGGUCAGGUGAUGCACCGAUAUAUAAUUUAUUCUAUAAAUAGGGUAAGUGAACAUUGGUUUGCUUUUACCCUUGACCAGUUGUUGACUGCAUUACACUAGCCAAGGUAGCCGGUCAUACAUUUUAACAAGGACCCUUAUCUGAUGGUAUUUUUGAAAGACUGACUGAUUUUCAUUGUGAGUCACGUGAACAUAUUGUCAAUAUUUGACAUCGAUAAUAUAAUUAUAAAGAAUCCCUGAUUUCACCUACUAAUAUGGAUUUUAAUAAGUGGUGCAGAAUGUGUUUAAAGAGGCACGGACGUUUCUGUUAAUCUUAGGCUUAUUUUGGAGGAAAUUAUUUGGUCAUUGAGGUAGAUUUGUGUCAACGAGGGAUAGUUUUCCCAAGACAACACAAACCGUGACUGUGAUGUAAUUGUUCGAACCCUGUGACACAUUAUACCGUCUGCUAUUUAUGUACUUUUAAUCGACAUGGUCACUGAUAAACCGUUGACGUUCCAUGCCAACUCUGUGAUGACGUCCAAGCUUUCAUGUGCAUUUGUGUUGGUGCUCCUUGCUCAAAAUAGAUAUGUCUGUAUUUCGGGUUUUAUAUACUACAAGGUGCGAUGGUCAUGCCAGUAUUAGUUCAAUAUUGACAAUGUGUUAAUCCUUCAUUGCUGCAUUGUGAUCGUGUAUCUGUGUAACAAAUUUGUAAACAUUGUUUGCUUAAUUGAUGAACAUUACAGAGUUAUCAGACCCCCUACGGGUACCAUGUGUUAAAAGCCCAUUUAGGAUGUCCUUCUGUCUCACCCGUGAAGAUCCAGGUUAGAAUAAACCUUCAGUAACCCAUACUUGUCCUAAGAGGCGACUAACGGGAUCGGGUGGUCAGGCUCGCUGGCUUGUUUGACACGUGUCAUUGGUUCCAA